UUCUCUCCCUUCCAGUCAGUCCAGUCGUCCUCGUUAAACCCGCGCCUCCGCUCCUCGGCGCUGCGACCUUCCACUCUCAAACUUUCCAAUUCCACUCCCUCGCCCGCGCCCCGAAUAAAUCCGCGUCUCCUUCCAUUCCCAGACCCCCACCAAACCCUCGCCAAUCCUUCCCCCGCCGCCGCUUCCCCCCCAAACCCGCCACGCCGCCGUCUCGGAGGCCGUGGGCGGGGGGUUCCGUUUGGGUCCGCCGGUUCGGAGCAGUUAUUUGAGCGAAUCGCGGAAUCGGAUUCGCGCCGUUGGCCGGCGCGUGGGGUGGAUAGGAGCAUGGCGAUGGACGGAAUCAAGCCCAGGAGGUGGGGGAAGCGGGCUGAUGAUUACAUGGCCGAGUUCAUGUGCUUCGUCUGCAUGGACGCUGGCCACGUCCGCGUCUGCGACGUUGAGAACUGCCUCAAAGCUUUCCAUCCAUCCUGCGUGGGAAAAAAAGACGACCUCUUUAUGUCCGACGAAGAAUUUAUUUGUGUUUGCCACACAUGUGUUAAUUGCAAAAGGAGUUCAGUCUAUCGAUGCUUGUGUUGUCCAAGAUCUGCUUGUGAAGAGUGCCUUGGGGAAAUUGAGUUUGUCCAAGUGAAGCAGAUCAGAGAAUUAUCCGCUUCUCAUGGAGUCAUCCUCGGAGACUUUAAGUCCGCCCAAAUGAAGCAGGGCAAAGGAUUCUGCAGCACCUGUUUAAAUCUGACACUAGUGCUGGAGAAAUAUGCUGAUGCUGAUUAUGAAAAGGCAAGGGCUGAUUUUGGAAGGACUGAGUACUAUGAAUCUGGCUUUGUAGGCUACUGGUCAUUCAUUAAAGACCAAGAGGAAUUGACAUUACUUGACUUGAGAAUAGCAAGGCAUCUUCUUAAAAGAAGCCAAAGCUCUAAAGAAGGGAGGGAUUCAGAGAAAUCUCCAGAACAGCAUCGCAAGACAGAUGGAAGUUCAUCGGGUGACAAUGAUAAUGCUGGGGAAACAUUUAGGCCUGACAAAAUGGACAUACCAAAUGAAGUGCAAGCAUCACUGAAGAGAAGAAAGGCAAAGAAGAAAACAUAUGUUGGCUGGGCUUCAAAAGAGCUAACUGAUUUCUUGUCAUGUAUUGGUAAGGAUACAACAAAGCCUAUUGAACAUUUCAAAGUUACUGAAGUUGUCAAGGAGUACAUCAGACAGAGGAAUCUAUUCCAGGAUAAGAAGAAAAAAUCUGUCGUGUGUGAUGAUAACUUGCAUUCUUUGUUUAGUAAAAGGAAAGUGAAGUACAAUCUGAUUCAUGGCCUGCUGGAUACACAUUUUGCUGCCAAUGCCAUUUCAGAAUCAGAGGAUGAAACUGAUGGUUCUGAUUACGACGAUGGUUCAACUGUGCAAAAAAAGUUACGGAAUUGUUUGGAGCCAACAAUUCUGAAGAGGGUUCCAGAAGUAAACAAGAGAUGUCUUGCCUCUCUUAAUCAGAAGAACUUGAAUUUAAUUUAUUUGAGAAGGACGUUAGUUACGAAACUUCUGGGUCAGCCAGACACAUUUGAACAGAAAGUACUUGGCUGUUUGGUUAGAGUUAAGAAUGAUCUCAAGAGUUAUAGUUAUCAGAUGUCUAAGAAAUAUUACCAGAUUGGGUUUGUUACAGGCAUUAAGAGGUCUUCAGAGGAAUACAAGAUAAAGGAUACUUGUACAGAUAUUCUUUUUUGUGUUUCCAGCAUGUGGGAUGAUGUCAAGAUUACCAUGCUGUCAGAGGAGGACUUUGAGGAGGAUGAGUGCCAUGAUAUUCUAUUGACCAAGAAAGAGCCCUUGAAAAGGCCUACUGUUGCUGAGUUAGAGGAAAAAGUGGCAAGUGUACAUGCAGACAUAGUAAAUCAUUGGAUGGACAGGGAGCUUCUUAGGCUGGAAAAACAGAUAGAGAGAGCAUUUGAUAAGGGGUGGCGCUGCGAAGCGCAUGAUCUACUUUGUAAACAAAAGCUUCUAAGGGCACCGGCUGAAAGGCAGCGUCGCCUUGAGGAGAUCCCAGAAGUUAUUCCAGAUCCAGAGGAGGAGAAUAAAGAAGCUGAAACUGAAUCAGCAGCAAGCAACUUUUCUCAAGGAAAUAGAGGUAUAAAAAGGAAGAUUGCUGCUUGCAUGAAUUUUGCGGAAGAAAAAAUUAAAGAUGCAACAACACAAGUACCUGUUUCUUUGGAAACCAUUAUAGAGGAAACGGCAGAAGGUGCAACGGUACAACCGUGUGAUUCUUUGGAAGUUGUUCCAGAGGAAUCACGAGAAGGUGUAACACAGCAAGUCACUGAUCCUCUGGCAGUUGGUAUACAGGAAUCGCCCGAAGGUGCGUCUGUGCAAAUUGAUUCUGCCUCUGAAGUUGCUUCUCAAGCUGAUGGCAAGGCCCUUUGUAAUGCUGACACUCCUCGUUCUGGACUGCAUACUCUAGUGCUCCCUGGUCAAGUUACUGCGGAUGGGGAGGAUAAAAAUGGCACGAGGCAUCACAAUGAGAUCAUCGAUCUGGAUGGUGAUGAUGAUGAGCUUCAUGCGGAGCAGCGUGAGCCUGAAGCUGCACAACGUGGUUCCCCUGAAGCACUCACUGCUUCAGGACCCUUGUUUACGGUCACGCCAAGCGCUCCAGAUGGGCCUGACUCUGUCAAGAUGUGGUACUACAUGGAUCCCCAAGGACAACAGCAAGGGCCGUUCUCAAUGUUUCAACUGCGGUUUUGGCAUCGAUUGGACUGGUUCGAUAAAGACUUCCGUGUGUGGCACAUAGGGCAGAAACCAAAGAGAGCCAUCUUGGUUGCUGAUGCUGUCCAGAUGAUAUUCUAAUGUGGCAGCCCAGAUUGUAGGUGUGAGCUCCAGUCUUUAGUUCAAAUUUGAACUAAAUACCAAACCUGUACCAAAAAGUACCGCUUCCAAGCAAUCCCUAAGCAUGGAGUUAGGAACAAAAAUAAAGUUUUGGCGAAGGUUUACCUGUCUUUGAAGUUAAUGCAAAUGUUUACCUGUCUUUAAAGUUAAUGGAAUCUUUUACCUGUCUUUGGUGUUAAUGCAAAUGUUUACGCAGCUGGUCUA